AUGGAUGUGUUAGCAAAUGAUCACGGUCAAACUGAAUGGGGUAUUGUAGGCGUUGGAGUUCGUUCAAUCGAUAAACCUAUUAGUACGGUACUGCAGGCACAAAAUGGCUUGUAUACAUUGGUAUCCAAAGGUUGCAAUGAAACAGAUGUUAAUGUUCGAAUUAUCGGCUCUCUCAUUCGUUAUAUUUUCGCACCAGAUGCACCAGAAAGGACGCUAGCCGUACUUAUGCAUCCGGACACGAAAAUUGUUUCCAUGACAAUCACGGUAAGUGGCUACGAUUUAGACUUGAAGAAUGUUGACAUUCAACAUGAUUUACAACAUCCACAAGCGCCUAGAACGGUAUUUGGUUUCCUUGUGCAUGCAUUGGACGGUCGUCGUCAAGCAAACAUAGCUCCAUUUACUGUUCUUUCCUGUGACAAUGUUCAACAGAAUGGUGAAGUUACAAAACGAUGUAUUCUCGAGUUUACUAAAGCACUCAACAAUAUCGAACUGCUUGAUUACAUUCAAACUAAAGUCACAUUUCCGAACUCUAUGGUCGAUCGGAUCACGCCUGUUACGACCGAUACCGAUCGGCAAUAUGUUCAUUUUCACUGUGGCAUUGCCGAUGGAUGGCCUGUAGUAACAGAACCAUUUAUGCAAUGGGUUAUCGAAGAUUCAUUUUGUAAUGGACGUCCUCCACUUGAGUUGCUUUCGAAUGCGCCUUACAAUGUUCUUCUAACCGAACAUGUCGAAGCGUACGAAUGUAUGAAAAUGCGUCUACUCAAUGCAUCUCAUACAGCCAUAUGCUAUCUUGGUUAUUUGAUGGGUUAUAAAUAUAUUCAUGAGACUAUUUUAGACAAGAAUAUUCAAUCUUACAUCGAACAUCUGAUGAAUGAUGAAGUUACACCUGUUUUACCCGCAGUGCCAAACGUUAAUCUCGAUAUGUAUAAACGUACACUUAUUGAACGCUUCUCAAAUCCACAUAUGAAAGAUACAUUAUCGAGAGUGUGUAUGGAUGGAGCAUCCAAAUUUCCGAAAUAUCUCGUACCUACCAUUGUUGAACAGUUAAAACGAGGAGUUAUUCCAUACUUGUGUGCAUUAGCCGUCGGUUCUUGGAUUCGAUAUUUUGGUGGAAUGGAUGAGGAUAACAGACCAAUUACACUGCACGAUGUUUUGGCAAGUGAACUCAAAUUACAGCAGCUAGCCAGUGAAACAAGACGCAGUGCAAUUGAAAUGCUAAGUGUAAAACAAGUCUUCGGUGAUUUGGCCAACAACCAACGAUUUGUUGAAACAGUACAGGACGCUGUGAAACUACUCUAUGAAGAAGGUUCAAAAGCUACGCUCGAAAAAUGGAUCGGCAAGGCUCAUGGUAGCCACAAAUAA